UGGAAAAAUCGUUGGAACUUUCCUAGAGAUGACAAAUAACUUUGGUCCCCAAUUGCCUCAUAAUUUCUGCUGAAAUAGAGAGAGCUUCUCAUAACCAAAGUCAUUCUCAUUCUGUCUGUGAAAUCCAUUCUUACACACUUUAGACAACAUGAUGCAUAUUCUAAUCCAAAUUUGGAAAUGGUUGAUGCAGCCAAAGGUGUGGAGGUUUGUGGGUUUUGCAUCAUCCAUUGUUGGAUUGCUCUGUUAUGCUCUAAGCUCUUCCUUCAACUAUCUCUUUGGAGAUUGGAAUCUGUUAAAGAUUUUUCUUUACAGUGUUUUCAGCUUAAUCAUCAGCCUCAUCAUUUUAUUUGCAAAGAUAUGGCAACACUCAACAAGUCUUCGGUUCAAAGCUCACGCAGCGUUUUUGGUACUAGCAAUCACUUCACUCUAUUCAUUUUUCUUCGAUAAAGUAAUGAAUGGAAAACCAGAUUCAUAUAGUCUGCUUUCAUGUGCUGCUUUUUCUAUCAUGUUACUGAGUUUGUCGCGACAAACUCAGUGCGGAUUUGAAAUUGAUCUUAUGUACUUCUUCCUCGGAAGUCUAAUUGUGCAACUCAUGAAAAUUAAAUUAGAGUUAUGCAUUCUUGGAGUAGGAUUCAGCUAUUUAAUUAUUAUUCUUCGUUCUGUUUUCUCUUCUAUAAAUGUUGUAAUAUAUAAUGAAGAUCCUACUAUCGUUCAAGAUGAAAAUCUGGUCGUUAUUGAAGUCAAUUUGCAUUCACCACAACUGGCAAGUAUUCGUAGUUGUGUGUUGGAACAACUAAGUAAUUGUGUGACUGCGCUUCGGCAAGAAAAUUCAAAUAUUAUUGAUAUGCUUUUGGAGCAGUUGAAAGAAUACCUUGGUGAUGAUUCUGAAUUGACAGUUUCUGACCGUAAUUUCGAAGCAGUGCUUAGACCAAAAGAAAAUUUGAAUCUCAUGAUAGACUCUAUACCACCACAAACAAUCGAAAACCUUCACAAAAUUGCGAAACUGAUGGUUGGAGCUGGAUUCGAGAUGGACUUUUCUGACGUGUAUAUCAGUUGCCGGAGAGGAUGUUUGGACGAAUGCCUCUCAAAGCUGGGGUUUCAAAAGGUUAGUGUAGAGGAAGUUCAGAAUAUGUCAUGGGGGGACUUUAGAGACAAGAUUGAAAGAUGGAUUAAGGCUUCAAACGUGGCUUUCAAGAUAUUGUUCCCCACUGAGCGGCGAUUAUGCGAUCAGGUUUUCUUUGGGUUCUCCACUUCCGCUGAUAUAUCGUUCACAUGUGUUUGCAGGGAAUCUACACUUCAGCUGCUAAAUUUCGCCAAUGCUAUCGCCUUAGGAAGCCGGUCACCGGAGACGUUGUUUAGAGUCCUCGAUGUGUUUGAAACAAUGCGUGACCUAAUUCCAGAGUUUGAAUCUAUAUUAAUUGGGUUGCUACAAAAUGAAGCAACCACAAUUUGGAAGAGACUAGGGGAAGCUAUCCGAGGCAUUUUCAUGGAGUUGGAGAAUCGGAUCCGCCAAGAUGCAGCAAUGGGGGCCUCUUCCAGUUGUGGGCUUCUUGGAAUUACCUGUUAUGUGAUGACAUACCUUCGUGUUGCAUGCGAGUCAUGGCAGACACUGGAGAAAGUGUUUGAAGAAAACCAUGGGCAUUUGUUGAAGGAAUAUCCCAAAAUUGAGGAUAGAAUGCAUUCUUCUUCUAUGCUAUCAAUGCAGAUGGAUUCGAUUAUGGAGCUAUUAGAGAACAAUUUGGAAGCCAGAAGCAAAAUCUACAAGGACCCAGCUUUGUUCUAUGUAUUCUUGAUGAAUAAUUUUGUAUAUAAAUUGAAGAUAGUUGUAAUUGAAUGAAAGAUAAGUGGACAAUAAGUUGAGAUGCUAACUCUUUUUGGAUGAGUACACAGCCGUUAGACACAGAUUACAGUCCUUAACUAAAGAUCAAAUGUUCAUAUUUUCACUGUAAUGAUCAAAUGUUCAUAUUUUCACUUU